AUUUCCUGCCAGUUUGAUUUUGGUGAGAAAGCAAGUAGCAAUGGCGAGUUCUCUGCUAGUGAAUGGCUUAAAAGCUCUCUUCUUAGUUCUGUGGUGCUUGAUGGUAACCACUCUCAUUUACACCAUCUCCAUUGAUGGCCUCCCUUUCCGCUGGGAAAUUCUUACUCCGUGGAUGGCUGCAACGCUGGUUGAUUUCUACAUUAAUGUUGUACCUUUCGCGGUUUGGGUUUCCUACAAGGAAUCAAGUUUGAUUGCUGCAACACUUUGGGUAAUUCUGCUUGUAUGUCUUGGAAGUAUUACAACAUCUGGCUACCUUUUUAUUCAAUUUCUCAACUUGUCUGCUCAAGAAUCUCUGGAAGAUCCCAUUUAUCAUGUUCUAUUGAACCAAGCGAACAAGGAUGGUACAAAACCUAAAGGGAAACAUUCCUCUGUUGCGAUUGCAAGAAUACUCUUUAGCGUUUUGGGUUGCUUGAUGCUGGGAACUUUGAUCUACACUCUCUUAACUGAUGGUUCACCAUUCCGCAAAGAGCUGCUAACUCCGUGGAUGACAGCUACACUGAUUGAUUUCUAUAUAAACGUUGUUGCUCUGUCGGUUUGGGUUGCCUACAAAGAAUCAAAUUGGACUACUGCAUUUUUCUGGAUUGUCCUACUUAUAAGUUUUGGCAGCAUUACCACAUGUGCCUACAUUUUCAAAGAACUCUUUAAGCUCGCUUGGCAAGAUCCUCUCUACCUUAUUUUGAUAAGAAAAGACAACAGAUUUAUCCUUCCGAGUUUUUGGGUGUAGUGUUUUUGUUCAUCUUCACAACCAAGGGCAGAACACAGGUAUGAGAGCCUAUAACGGUGAGUAGUGUAACAAAGAAGUUGAUGUGGAGAAGAUUUCGUGCUGGUUUAGUAUGAUUUUCAAACAGCCAACAAGGCAUGGAAACUUGUUUUUCAUUAGUUAAAUAUAGGUUGAUAUGUAGACAUCAAUCAACUCAGGUUUCCUGAUAUUUACAAUUCAAAUAAGCAUUCUCAGAUUUUAAACAACUUGGAUGCACAAAAUUAUUCUGUUAAUGAUCUAGAUGUGAAACAUGUUUCAGUUUUUA